AACAAACGCUUUGAAAUUCGGAGAUUAUACAUAAAAAAGGCCAGAACAAUUUUACUCGUCCGCAGUGAACCGAAAUGGGAAGUGUGCAUUCGCAAUGGCCAUCGUUUAGGUAGACAAAUUAUGCUCCGUGUGUGAAGUUCCUGACAAAUUCCUGACGCAUUUAAUAUAUGUUUUUCGUGUUAUUAAAAAUAUGUCCGACUUGGAACACUUCCGGACUGAGUGGUUGAGUGAGCUCCAAGAUGGAACCGACGGUACACGCCGAAGCGACCGACCCGGCGGCUCGCUUGAAAACGAAACUACAUCCCCAGCGUCGAAUGCCAGCAAGGGCAGCAACGCGCAUACUGGUCCGCCCAAGGACAAUUACUUCAUCAGCGACCGAAAUCGGUUUUGCAAGCAAACCAUCAAGCUGCAAUCGAAUACCGCGUGCCAAGGAAAUCCUCGUGCCUUUGAAAUCGCGGAUCGUCUGCUCCAAGGGGAGAUCCUGACAGACGACGACCUUUACGUCCAGCGCGGGAAAAAGAGGGACGACCUCGGGAAUGAUCAAGACGACCACGCCGAACGGAGAAAGAUGCAGAAGGUCACAGAGCGACACAAACACGACUCUGACAGAUCCUUGCUGGACACUUUCAUCAGUGACCUGAACGAGAUCGUCGAGAUCCCCUUCUUCGACAUCUGCUUGCCACGGGAAGUGGCUAUCAAUAUAUUCAGGCACCUCGAUAUCGUCGACCUGUGCAGGUGUGCUCAGGUGAGCCGAAGUUGGCGAAGCAUAGCAGACGAUGAGCUGCUGUGGCACAGACACUCCCGGGAGAUGGGGUUCGCAGACGACGUGGUUGCCAUGGAAAAGGCGGGCUGGAAGCGCUUCCUUCGAGACCAGAUGCAGCGGGAGUCUGUGCUCAGACACAAUUGGAAGAAUCGGAUAGGGAGACUCUACGAGCUCGAGUACUCGCGGGCCGGAGUCCUGUCGGCCGUGGACUCUUCGGACGCAGUCGUGGUUGCCGGCUACUCUAGCGGCGAAGUCCGACUGUGGCAUCGGACUUGCGACGGACUGGAGGUGGAGACACUGACCGUGGAUGGGGUGCCGUUUGCAGAUGACUCAGGCCACGUCAGCUCUGUGGCCUUGAGCAAGAGCCACGCCAUUGUUUCCUACGCCAGGGGAGAAGUGUGCAUGGCGGACGUGGGUACGCCGUCCUCGUCUGCUGCGACUCCCUGUCGCCAGCUGCUGUCCCUCCCGGGUCCCGCCCACGUGACUGCCUCGCAGAAUGACGACCACUUUGUUGCCUUCGGGGGAACGCACGUCGUCCUCGUGGACCCGUCGGGGCGGCCUCGUCCCGUCCAGCUGUCGACAAAGGUUUCUCACGUCAGGCUCGUACCCUCACGAACGGGAGCCCGUCACCCGUGCAUCGUUUCUGCAGCAGACGACGCCGUGCGGCUACAUGCGGGCGACUGCUUUGAGGCAGAUGGAGUCACUCUUCACCACACGAUAGGCGCCACCGUCACUUGCGUGGAUGCCACGGAGGGCGUGGUGGCGCUGGGAGUCACCGACCGAACGGCCGUUCACGUGUUUCAGGUGCCCCUCUAUGCGACGGAGAGUGCGAAUCUGCUGGGGACGCUCACUAGCCACACGAGCUCCGUCCUGUGCGUCAACGUGUCUGGCUGCCCGGACAACCUGGUCCUCACGGGAAGCUGCGACAAGAAUGCCCGCAUCUUCGACGUACGCACGCUGCAGUGCGAGGUGCGCAUCAGUGCCCACGGCCUGGGGGUGACCCAGGUGCAGAUGGACGAGCACAGCCUGGUGACUGGGGGCCAGGACGGCCUAGUGUGCGUCUGGGACCUCCGCUCCAAGGCCAAACUCUGGGAGAUGUUCUGCAGGCACCCUGUGCGGCACCUGAAGGCCAACGCAACCACCCUGGUGACGGCCCACCUGCCACAGGAGCUCUUCCCUGAGCCCGAGGACGGAAACGUCGUGGUGCACGCCAGGCAGAGGGGAUCGAUCCGCGUGUACGACUUCACAGCCAAUCAGCACACUUCGGGGAUCCCUUCCAUCUGUCUGUCGUCCUACGACGAGCCCGCCGGCUACAACUACAACGUCCGCCUGGCGGUGCCCUACGACGACAUCGUGGAGAUCUAGUCGUCUGGACCGGGGGGAGGGCGGGGUGCUAAAGACGGGAGCAGAGCGCAGUAAAUCACAAUAAGCUUCGGCAUCGGUGGUACCGAGGUCAAGAAUGAGAAGGUUGUUGCUGUUAAUUUGACUUUCGUUACCGCAAGGGCUUCAUGAGGGCCAAAUGGUGCAAGGACUUUAUGAAUAUUUUGUACUUUGUGUCUGCAUAAAAGGAUGGGAAUGAAACUAUUAGAAAGCAUGUAAAGGGCUCAUGGUGUCUUCAUAAAGCUGGAGUAUGUAAGUGAAAGAAAUGACCCGAGAGAGCAACAGAAAGCGGUAAAAGGGAGCGG